GCAAGACGGAGAAACAUAUUAGGUAGUCAUGACGAGAGCUGAUAAUCAUUUAGCAAGGUGGUACUUUGGAGGGUUGGCAAGUACAGGGGCUGCCUGCUGCACCCAUCCUCUUGAUCUGCUAAAGGUUCAUCUUCAGACACAAUAUGAAGGGAAAAUUAACAUUGUUCGAAGUGCCAUCAGCAUUGUUCGGGAACAGGGAGUUUUGGCACUGUACAAUGGACUGAGUGCCUCACUACUCCGUCAGCUGACAUACUCUACCACGAGAUUCGGUAUUUAUGAGGUAGUGAAGCAGAGUGCAACAAAACCAGGAGAAAUAUUACCAUUUUAUAAGAAAGUUAUCUUUGCUGCAGCCGGAGGAGCCGCUGGUGGUUUUGUAGGAACACCUGCUGAUAUGGUGAAUGUUAGAAUGCAGAAUGAUAUUAAAAUUCCAAAAAACCAGAGGAGAAAUUAUAAACAUGCUUUUGAAGGUUUGUGGAGAAUAUAUAAAACUGGGGGCGUUAAUCAGUUGUUUUCUGGAGCUACAAUGGCUACUUGCAGGGCCACCGUAAUCACCGUUGGUCAGCUGUCAGUGUAUGAUCAGAUAAAGCAGACCCUGUUAGAGACAAAUUACUUUGUGGAUAAUUUAGUUACCCACUUCACAUCAAGCUUAAUCACGGGUGCUGUUGCUACAACUGUAACACAACCUUUAGAUGUUUUGAAAACCAUAACAAUGAAUGCAAAACCAGGAGAAUACAAAAACCUUUUCCAUCUUAUAAGAGUAACAGCAAAGCUUGGUCCACUGGGCUUCUUCAAGGGUUUUGUUCCUGCCUUUGUCAGGUUAGGCCCUCACACCGUCCUCACAUUUGUGUUCUUUGAACAGUUGCGAAAAAGGUUUGGAAUUCUGCCUCAGCUAAGAGAGUGAAGCACAUAUUUUAGCUAUUGUUAGUUUUUUUAAAGAAGACCGUGUCUAAAAAUAUAACAAUAAAGUAUUAAUUCUUUUU